CACCAGUCCAUAGGUGCUAGCAGGCUGCAGUGCAGCGGACAAAUCCUGGCCCGCACGCCAUGGCUGGCUAUGCACAAGCUGAGAACCACUUUGUCCUGGAGAACAACUCCAAAGAGCGGGAACUUUUUGGGCCCGUGCAUGAUCAGUUCAAGCUGGGCAAGCGGCUAGGCAAGGGAGGCCAAGCGACAGUCUACGAGUGCACGCGAUUGGGUACAGACAAGACGUAUGCAGUCAAGGUAAUCGACAUGAAGGCCUUGAAGUUCCAGAAGCACGACGGCGAACAGAACCUCCGGCGGGAGAUCAGGAACAUGGAGGAGCUCUUCCACCCACGGAUCGUGAACCUGCUGACGCACAUCUACGAGGAGAACAGGUGUUGGCUGGUCAUGGACCUGGCGCGGGGCGGGGACCUCCAUAAUAAGGUCUUCGAGGAGCUGAACAUCUCCAUCAACCGAGGGGAUGACCACUUCCCGGGCCUCGGGCGCUCGGAGCUGGCCAGCCGGCACGUGGCGCAGCAGCUCCUUGACGGUAUGGGGUACAUGCAUUCCAACGGCGUCGUCCACCGGGAUAUGAAGUUGGAAAACGUGCUCAUCUCGCGCACCUAUUCAUACCCUGGUCCGGCGGAGCAGGGCAUUCCCACGCCUUCGGAGGUGCACGAUGUCAAGAUCACCGACUUUGGGCUUUCCAAGAACAUGCACAGCGCACCGCUGGUGCGCCGCGCCACGGCGGUGGGGUCGCCAGACUUUGUGGCGCCAGAGGUGCUCCAUGGAGUCUGUGAUCAGUCCUGCGACUACUGGAGCUUUGGGGUGAUGAUCUACGCCAUGAUCUGUGGGGAGUGGCCUUUCACCAUCAGGAGCAAAAAGGACCUGGUGCCUGAGCGGCACAAGGAGGUGGUCUCCUGCAUCAAAGCCUCAAAGUCCUGGCAGCAUGCGUCGACAGAGGUGCACGAGUUGGUGCAGGGCCUCCUCAACAUCAACAUGGCGGGAAGGUUCAGCCAUGUCGACUGUGUCCACCACUCCUGGUUCUCCAGCUGCACAGACAUGCACAAGAUGGUCGGGAAGGUGAGCUUCCCGGAGAACUUGGCUCUCAAAGACGGGGAGCCCCGAGCUGUAAUUCAAGAGAUCAGCGGAUGCACGGGCUAUGCGGUGGACAACUUGCAACUGAAGCUUCGGAGCGGAAAGACUCUGACCUUCGGAAGUGCAGGUGGCGACAUCCAGCAGCAAUGGAAAUUGAGGCCAGAUGAGAGAAUCAUCGCUGUCCUACAGGAGGAGAGGCACGACUUCUUGGGCCUGGCUCUCGUUUUCCACACUUCUAGAGGGGACGUGCUGGCGUUACAGGGCGCGCAGGCGCGAAAGCGCCGGAGCUUCAUCGCGCCGGCUGGCUCCUCCAUUGUGGGGCUCCAGUUCCAAGGGCACCGUUUGAUUGGCAUCCAUUUGGAGAAGAUCUCGAUGGAGGAGCCGGGCUGUGUAGCAUCUCUGGGUGGCCGAGUGGGGCACGCCGUGGACAAGGUUUGGUUUCGCCUUCGGGACGGCACGACCAGGGAGUACGGAAGUUCCGACGGAGGGGUGGAGCACGGCCCGUGGGUUCUUGAGCCUGGAGAGCACAUUGUCGCCGUGGAGCAGUUGGUGCGGGAUGCCUUCUUGGGCACCUCGCUGGCCUUCUACACCACCACGGGGAGCAUCUUCUGCCUCAAGGGCAUGGAGGCCUUUGGGUCACGACGCUUCAGCUCAUUGCCGGGGCGCCAGAUCUGCGGUCUCCACUUCGAGGGCAGCAUGAUCGUGUCCGUGAGCACUUGUGCAGAUGAUGGAAACCUGGACGCUGUGAAGACCCACCGAAUGGUUUGUUAAUACUGUCGUUGCAAGUUGCCAAAAAGUUGCAUGAGUGGCAAGGAGGCGACACUGUUACCGCCAC